AUGCGCCGAUCCAAUGUCCGUACUGUAAAUUGUGAUAACAAUCACGAAAAGGUGGGGAAGAUGGAUCCGGUGAAGCUUCAAUUCCGUUCCAGCCGACCCGGAUACAAGUUCCCACAUAAGCAAAACACCAAAUCCAGCUUUGUUUUCUACACUUCCGUUGCAUUUGUCACUGCGAUUGUCUGUUAUCUUUUGUUCUUUCCUAACCGAAGUAGUGAUCGAGGUUAUGCUCAUCAGAGGUAUGGGAUUGUGAUUGAUGGCGGGAGCACCGGGACGAGAAUCCAUGUGUUUAAUUACCAGGUCCAAGAUGGGAUUUUGAAGUAUGAUUUUGGGAAAAAUGGGUUGGCAUCAAUGAAGGUGAAUCCUGGGUUGUCAGCUUAUGCAGAUGAGCCCGAGAAGGCCCGGGCGGCAAUAGAGGAGUUGUUGGCGUUUGGAAGGAAAAGGGUCCCUCGGGAUUACUGGAGAGAAACCGAAAUAAGGUUAAUGGCCACUGCCGGGAUGAGGAUGUUGGAUGAUGCUGUGCAGGAAAAGAUUCUGGAGGCAUGUAGGAGGGUUCUAAGGGGAUCAGGAUUCAGGUUUUACGAUGAUUGGGCUGCUGUCAUUUCGGGCUCCGAUGAAGGCAUGUAUGCUUGGGUUGUUGCUAAUUACGCCCUGGGUACUUUAGGGGGUGAUCCUCGGCAAACAACUGGCAUCAUUGAGCUUGGUGGAGCUUCAGCUCAGGUUACUUUUGUGUCAGAUGAGCCUUUGCCCCCUGAAUACUCUCGUACAGUUACCUAUGGCAAUGUCAGUUACAACCUCUAUAGUCAUAGUUUGCUUCAGUUUGGCCAGAAUGUUGCUUUUGAUUUAUUAAGGGAGGCUUUCUUUUCAGGAGGCCAGGAUUUAGCUGCCAAUUCCCUCCUAAGUGGAGAAAUUUCUGAUCCUUGUACCCCUAGAGGAUAUACCCACAAUGUUGGAGAAUGGAACACCAUGCCGAGUUCUUCAGCCGAAAAAAGUAGAUAUUUAUCUGCUCUCCGCCCUAGUGGUAACUUCUCAGAGUGCCGAUCUGCCUCGCUAACACUGUUGCAGAAGGACAAAGAGAAAUGCUCUUAUUCAAACUGUUACAUUGGUUCAACAUUUAUUCCUAAGCUCCAAGGGAAAUUUUUGGCUACAGAAAAUUUCUUCCACACUUCCAAGUUCUUUGGUUUGGACCCACAAGCGUUUCUUUCUGAUUUGAUGGUUGCUGGACAAAGGUUUUGUGAAGAUGACUGGUCAAAAUUGAAGAGAAAAUAUAACUCCCUGGAGGAAGAAGAUUUGCGUCGCUAUUGUUUCUCCUCAGCAUAUAUAGUGGCCUUACUUCAUGAUAGUCUUGGAAUUGCUUUGGAUGACCAAAGGAUCAAAUAUGCAAAUCAAGUGGAGGACAUUCCCCUUGAUUGGGCAUUGGGCGCUUUUAUCUUACAGAGCACAUUAGCUAUUGAUUAUGAGCAUUAUCAUCCUUCAAUUGCAGCAGUGAUUGCCGGCGACUCUACAAGUCUGUUACUUUUGUUUGCUAUCUUGCUUGUGUUAAUAUUUACUGGAUGGAUUUUUUCAAAGUGUCGAAAACCUCAAUUGAAGACAAUAUAUGACCUGGAGAAAGGAAAGUAUAUAGUGACUCGUGUCAAUAGAUAUUCAUAG